AUGGCUGGCCGUGCGCUGCUGUUGGUGUGCGCCCUCUGCGCGCUGUGCUGCGCCGCCGGCGGGGGCUGGGCGUGGCAUAUGGACUACUGCACGGAGAGCAACUUGAAGUUUCUGAUGCUGCUGAAUUCAAGUAAGACCCUCGACGAGCUCCUGCGUGAGCAGUGUAAGCACAACGAAACUUAUGCAGCGGAGUUUAGAAGUAAACAUGCCGCAAGUUCAACCGGUGCGUCCGCCGGCGGCCUGCAGGCUGCAGGGGCCGGUGCUUCCACACGUGCCGGUGAGACUGGGCGGGCGGACGGAGGUGCCAGCGGUGGCGUGGGCCCUCAAGCGCCAAUUCCCUCUGCACCCGCAGGAGAGCCGCACGGGACGGCGCCGCAGGGCCGCCAGGCAGCGGAAUCUCGACCCUCGCCGCAACCGCCGGCGGCGGCUCAGACCCGGCAGGAAGAUGUGCGGCCGGAGAGCCCCAGCGAGGGUCCGGCAGAAGCGCGAGAAGAAGAGACAGUUGCCGCAGCCGCAGGGAAUCCACCCGCUGGCGGCAGCAGCGAGCAACAAUCCACCGCGUCUGCUGCUCCGGGUGUUGGUGUUCCUGCCAGCGGCCGGGCCACAGGGAGCGCAGGGGACGUUGGCGAGGGCACUCGAACACCCGGUGCCGCGGCGCCACAAAAUGCGCCACCUGGCGGGGCUGCUGCUGCGCCCGCAGCCAGUGGGGAGGCGGCAGCGCCAGCAGAGCAGGCCGCCAACACGAAUGGCGCAGCGGGGGAGGCUGCUCGGGCGGCGACCACUACCAACUUGACGAGUGCAAAAAAAUCUGCGCCCGGCGACAGCGACGGUGACAGCAGCGCCGCGGCCUCGCACUCCACCUCCCCCCUUGCGCUGCUUCUUCUGCUUGCGUGUGCGGCUGCCGCUGCGAUGGUGGCCGCGUGA